CUCAAUCUGCAAGACAAGAUUAUGCCAGACUCUUUCUUCGCGUCGACAAAAACUAGGAAGCGGAAGCGGUCUCUAAGAAAAUUCCUGCGCAAGGGCAAAUCUAGUUCUCAGGACACAAAAGUUACCCACGCAAGCACAAGGAGGGGGGCAAAGGGAGCCGCAGAUGAGGAAUUGAACUCGGACAGAACAGAUUCGGAGGGUGGCGGAAUAGAUGACAUCGACUUGCGCGCGGAUAUAGAGCCCGAGACUAGUGGUGAUGAAGAUGAACAGGAAACCCCUGCGGAAAAACGAUUACGAUUGGCGAAGCUCUACCUGGAAAGUGUGAAGGAUGAUCUAGCCGAGGGUGAAUUUGACGCUGCUGAGAUCGACAGAGAGCUAAUAUCAGAACGACUGCGACAAGACGUCCUGGAGCAUUCUGGCAAAGUUCACCUCUUUGUGGCAGAAUUUUAUGAUUUCACCUCAACAUCAUCCAUGCGAUGCAGAGGCCACCGGUUCUCUGUUACUUCUGCGGUCGCAUCGGACGAUGUACAGUUUCUAUACACAUCAGGGAAAGAGGGAACCAUCAAUAAGUGGUCUCUGCAGUCUGGGAAAAAGAUUGCGACGUUCUAUAAACAGCGCGUCUCCAAAGGCAAAGAGAAGGCACUCCCUCAAGAUAUCCAGGGACACACGGACGAGAUCCUAUCUCUCGCCGUAAGUAGUGAUGGUCGAUACCUCGCCAGUGGAUCUAAAGACCGAAGGGUGGGCGUAUGGGAUGUAGAGAAGGAUGAAUGGGUAAAAGGUUUUGGAGGACACAAGGAUUCGGUUUCAAGCGUUGCAUUCCGGAAAGGCACACAGCAAUUAUACACUGGCUCGUUUGAUCGGACUGUCAAGCUAUUCGAUAUCUCAGUAAUGGGAUAUGUAGAAACGCUAUUCGGACACCAAGAUACCAUUCUCUGCUUGGAUGCUCUCCGAGGAGAGACUGCUGUUACUGCUGGAGCAAGAGAUCGAACGAUUCGAUUCUGGAAAAUUGCUGAUGAGAGUCAGUUGGUCUUUCGUGGCGGUGGAAAAAGUGCAAUACGGGAAUUGCUUGAAGGAGGUGUGUUUGAAGGUCACGAAGAUGAGGAACACGUGAAUGGGGCGGAAUUUCAUGGUCCGAAAUCAAACAAAGGAAAGGAAAGGAUGAAGGAGAGCAAAUAUGCAGAAGGGAGUAUAGAUUGUGUCGCAAUGAUUGAUGAAACUACGUUUGUGAGCGGGGGAGAUACUGGCUCAAUAUGUCUUUGGAACACCCAAAAGAAAAAACCUGUUUACACACAAACGCUGUGCCAUGGGUUCCACGAAGUACAGUCCUCAACCGAGGGAGUUGUACGAACACCUCGUUGGAUAACGGCCGUUGCAUCACUACGUUAUUCGGACAUGUUUGUUUCCGGCUCAUGGGAUGGUAGUGUGCGAUUUUGGAAGCUCGAUGAAAAACUCAGAUCGUUUUCUUUGGUUGGCUCAAUACCUGCGCCUGGUGUUGUCAACUCCCUGCAACUUCUCAUCUUACCCAAAGGCGCAUUGGACAAUGCUCCUUGGAGAGAAAAGGAACAGCUGCCUCUUACAAAGAGCUCAGUUCAACCUGCAUUAUUAGUUGUGGGUUUAGGACAGGAGCAUCGAUUGGGACGGUGGCUGAGCGUGAAGGGGGAGGGAGUUACGAAUGCGACAACAGUUCACAUCAUACAUCCUCGGACAUCACCAAACCUUUAGGGCCUUAGUAUUGACAUUGAUAUUAUCGCCUGUAAAAUGAGACUUUAGGUCUUUCUAGUCUACUACAUCCUAGAGAGGAUUUUGUGGAAUGAAAUAAGCUUUCCACGCA